CUAAUGUGUGUUCGGGCAGCAUGUUUAUGUUUUUUUUGUCGUAACGGCAAUGCGGUUCACACAGUUUCGUUCGCAGAAGGAAAUGUGAUUACUUUUGCCACAAAGUAACAAUACAAGCGUUCAGGCAGAGAUUUUGCUGUGUAAGCUAAAAGCGUCCUCUCGCGUUGUAUAUACACACAGAUACAACCAGGUUCCCGACUCGGAACGACUUUCCGGGUAACCCUUACAAUCACAUCAAACGCAUACGAUCACACGACGAGCUUCCGAUGUCGCAGAAGCUGGCAGACGACAAGCAUAGUGGCAGUAGUAGUGUAAACGCUCAGCUUGGUCCUGCUGCUGCGGCGUUUGGCGACAAUGUAGUGGGCGACAGCGUGCAGUCGAAAAGUAGAAAAGAGCUGCGUCAAGAGCGCAAAAAACGCAAACUGCUCGCCCUGUCUGCGCUGAUGAUGUUGAACGAGCAGCAAGGCCAUCAAAACAGCCGAAAGAAGAAUCCAUCGUCGUUGGUUCCAGAGCCCGAAUCGGGCAACAACAAUCGCGAAGGACCGGAAAACGGUGUAAACGGGCACACUACAGUAAACGCGGACGAUCAGCAACAGUUAAAACAGAUACUGGCCAACAAUCGGACCGCGUACAAUAUUGGUGACAAGUGCGACGAUCAAGAACCAUCGUCAGCGGCUGCGGUGGAUGCUAAGCGGCGAAAGGCCGAGAACGGAGACGCAGCGGGAACCAACGAUAACAUCGCAGGAAGUGGUGGUGUUGGUGGGAUACCAUCAACAGCCGUCGAGUGCCGCACCUUUACUGGCGAUAAAGCCAACACCACACUUAAUUCCGAAUCCGAGUACCGUGUGCUGAAAGCGUUCGUCAAUCAGCGGAAAAGUAUGCGCUACACGCCGCGCAUCUUCCUAAAACCGGCCGGGCAGAAGGCGCUGCUCGAUCGGAACGAACGGAAGGAGGAACGGAUCCCGCUGCUGCUAGACGACAUACAGGCACUGCUGAUGCACACGCUGCUGCGCACCGAUUCUCCCGUCACACCGCGCUGGCUAUCGAUCGACAAGAGCACCAAACUCACUCACACGACCGUGCUGAUUGUGGAGGGAUUUUCGUGCGAAGAUUACGUUACCUACCGGGAGCAUAUGCCCAACUGUUCGGAACACAUUUUUGGACCCCAGCUCACGUUGCAGGUGGUGUGCCCGUGGUCCAAGAUACUGGAAGAGGUGGCUUGCGUACCGUUGAGCGAUAGUCACAAGGAUGUGCUCGUCGCAGAGUACGGUUCACUCGAGGCGGCCAUGCGUAUGUGCAAAGAUCAGAUGUUGGUACGGCGAAGUAUCUUCCACAACAUUGGACCGACGGUUUCGAUGCCGGACUACAGCGAUCUGGAUCUGCCGCCCGGUGACAAGUUCCCGCGCACCCUGCUGCUGCUUUCCCCGAUACAGAUGAUCAACGAAGGAUACCCACUGCCCUUGGCUGGAACGCUGGAGAACAAAUACAAAAACUAUGUAACGACGAAAGCUAUCUACAAACCUGUGAAUGUACGCUCGCCCAUGUUCGGUGUCGAUUGUGAAAUGUGUGGUGGUAAAGAUGGUAAAUCGCUGUUGGCGCGCGUUUCCAUCAUCGACGAGAAUGGCAAAACGCUGUACAACCAGUUGGUAAAACCGACCGAAAAAAUCUUCGACUACCGUACCCGUUUCUCGGGUAUUACGGAACAAAUGUUACAAAACGUGCGUACUACGCUGGCGGAUGUGCAGCGUGAACUGCGCCAGCUGCUACCUCCGGAUGCCAUACUGGUUGGGCAUUCGCUAAACAGCGAUCUGGAAGCCCUGGAAAUGCUGCACCCGUACGCGAUUGACUCGAGCAUUGUCUACAACGUGACGGGCAAUCCGGUGCACAAGCAGAAGUUGCGCAUCCUCGCGAAAAAGUUUCUCAACGAAGACAUUCAAACCGGCACCGAUGGGCACUGUUCGUUGGAGGAUUGUUCGGCCAGUUUGCGACUCGUGCAGCUCAAGCUAGCGAACAGCAUCUACUUCGGCGAUCAGUGGCUGGAGGAUCGACGCAACUACCACAGCUUCCGGAUCAGCGGUGGGCGUAACGGUAUCGCUAAGGAAUCGGCAGAGCCGUUAGUUCCCGGUUCGCAGCAGUCGCAAAUCAUGGCGACGCUAUUUUCGCACGCGAAAAAGCGGAACAAAGUGUCGGCUAUCACCAGCAAUGCCGAACAGGAGCUGCAAACGUUCCAGGAGUACUUCGGCGAAACGAUUCCCGCAUCCCGGGCGAAACAUCCCGGCACACAACAGUGGCUAUCACUGUGCCGGACGUCAUCACCGGAGGAAACGGUCAAUGUAACGGCUAGCAAUUGCUUGCAGUAUGAUUUUAAUCUCGCGUACGUUCGCCUUUCGACCGAGCAGUAUGAAACCGGCACUAAACUGAACCUGGCCAAACAGAUAGACGGUUGGGUGGGUCGGCUGUACGAGGCACUAUCGCUGAAUGGGUUGCUGCAGGUACUGUUGGUUGGUGGGAAAGAUAUUGGGCAGGUGAGCAUGGGCACGCGCACCGGCGUUGCCAUGGUGCAAACAAAGAAACCGCCCAAAUGAUGAAGAUACACGCGAUCGACGAUUGAUUCGAUGUGUUAGAUGCAUGAGAAACGUGUGAAGAAUUUAUGUAAAGGGAUUCAUGAAAACAAAUGAAGAAAUUUAAAAAGAAUAUAAUAAUUAUGUUGUUACACUAUGUUGCACAAAUAUUUA